GAAGAGCUACUGCAGUACAGUGCGCUGUGAUAUGACUUUAAUCAUUUUUGUGUCUGUUUGAGAAAGAAACCGUGCUAAAAAUGUGAUACUGACUACUAAUGAACAGAUAUUGGACGACCAGAGGUUGAACUGCCUGUUUAGUCAUCGACAUCGUCGCGCUGUCUGUGUCGAAGGUAGAAAGGCCAACGACCGGCUCGCUGAAAAGAUUAAGACCAGAGUAGACUCAGUCUCAGCGGCAGCCCGAAUUCGAGCACGAACUUUCGUUCCGACGUCCCCGGCGCGAGGCGUCGCCGUAAUACCGGUACUACUACUAGCCGAGGCGCAGGGCUGGCUAGCCAAAAGCCGAGGCUAGACGAUAGUAACUGUUCGUGUUAGAUCUUAACAGUUCAGAAGUUCAGUCUCUGGGGUGGUAUUCUGAAAAACUGUACUGUGACUCAACGGCAUGCCGACUCGACCCCACUACAUUGCGUCAUGAUCAUUGGCACUUUUGCACUCUGCAAGGUCCACCCUCCUGUCUGUAGUGUAGCUGUGUGGUGCAUUGGUGAUCUGUUAUUAAAAACCAAUAGAACUUCAGAGGUGAAUAAGGCUUAAUGUGGUGACAUUGUGAUGCCAACGCCUGAAACCAGUCAACCCUUCUGUAAACCUCUCCUUGCCCAAUCCUAGCCUUUUCUGUGAAAAGUCAAUCCUGUUUCAUAUUCUUUCUAUUGCUAUUCUUCCAUGAUUUCUACUUCAACUAUUGCAUCAUCCCAAUACUUCCAAUCACUUUCAGUAUAAACACAAACUUAACUACAAACCCCACUAGCAUCAUCAGUACACCACCAUCAAUCUAGUCAGCACCAUACUUUCUUGUUUCUAAUAUUCAUGUCAAAUUACAUGUAGAAUCAAGACACUUUCAACUUCUCUUAUUUCUUGGACACUCCACGAAAUUCCAUAGUCAUGUCUUCUACCUUGGAGUCGUCCAUCUCCUCCCAACCAGGUGCCCUCUCAUCUCUAUCACCUUUGUCUUCUUCUCCCUCUUCAUCUUCUUUGCCUUCCUCCUCUACCCUACCCUCCAUUCCAACCACCUCCCCACCACCAAACUCCCCUCCAACCACCUCCCCACCAACAGAUCCCCCUCCAACCACCUCCCCACCAACAGAUCCCCCUCCAACCACCUCCCCACCAACAGAUCCCCCUCCAACCACCUCCCCAUCAACAGACCCCCCUCCAACCACCUCACCACCAACAGAUCCCCCUCCAACCACCUCCCCAUCAACAGACCCCCCUCCAACCACCUCCCCAUCAACAGAUCCCCCUCCAACCACCUCCCCACCAACAGAUCCCCCUCCAACCACCUCCCCACCAACAGAUCCCCCUCCAACCACCUCCCCACCAACAGACCCCCCUCCAACCACCUCCCCAUCAACAGAUCCCCCUCCAACCACCUCCCCAUCAACAGAUCCCCCUCCAACCACCUCCCCACCAACAAACUCCCCUCCAAACAGGGCAAACAUCGCUCCCAAAGCUCCAUCAAAGGGACAUAUAGAACCUGUCGCCUCAGUAAUGAAAUCUCCAGACUCCACAACUUGCAACACAGAUGAUGUAAAGAACAAAUUGCUUGACGACCUGAAAGACAGACUGGUGAAGCUCCGUGGCAUGUCUAUGUGGUCAGUUCCCGAAGCUCAUCAACUUGUUGAAGGUAUCAGUAAAUUGUACUGGGAUGCACAAGGACACCAGCAAGAAAUGGCAGAUGCUUUUUGUGAACUAGAGGGAGGUGAACUAUUUUUCAACAUACUUCUUGCUUUGAACAAAGUGGGUCUAUUUAGUAAAAACACAACAUGGAAGACUGCUUUCUACAUCUACAACACCUUAUGGAACCUAAGUGAUGCAAGUUUGAUUCUUUGCACUCGUCUUGGUCAGAUUGGAAUGAUCAAACUUUGUACAAUCAACAUCUCACACAAACCCUAUAGGGAUAUUAUUGAUAACCAAAAGGUAUGUUUUUUUUCGUUCAAAAUUUAUUAUUGGAUUGAUGACAUCUCAGUUUAAUAGGGGAGAUAGGGGUUAGCAGAGCUGCCAAGUAGUACGAUUUUUCCGUAUUUAGUACGUUUUUGCAACCAAAAUACGGCAGUACGUUUUUUCUUUAAAAAAUAUGUUUUUGUAUU